GAAUGUCGAGGUCCGCCGCUCCUCGCCCCAUCUCCUCUCGCUGCUGCCCCCUUCGCCAUCCCCAUUGCCCUCCCGCCGGAGCCCCAGCCCUCCUCCCGCCGCCUCGCCAAGGCCUUUAAAACGGCCGAGCGCUACUUCCGCUCCGGCGAACGCCUUGGAAAACAAGUUUGCUCUCAAUCCAAGCCGCAUCCACCGCUGCGAUCGCCGGAGGCGUCCCUAUCCCCCUCUCUCCGUCGGCUGCCGCCACUACCUCCGCCGUCGAAUAUCAAUCCUCCACCUCACUCGUGCUCUUCCCACAGUCCUGAUAAAGGAAGAGGGUAGGUGAUCAGAAAAAGAGGGAGCUGGAGAAGGGGGAAACGAUGAACAAGGACAAGAUUUUUAAGCUGGCGAAGGGCUUCAGGGGGAGGGCAAAGAACUGCAUAAGGAUAGCAAGGGAGAGGGUGGAGAAGGCCUUGCAGUAUUCCUACAGGGACCGCCGCAACAAGAAGAGGGACAUGCGCUCCCUCUGGAUCGAGCGCAUCAACGCUGGCACACGCCUGCAUGGGGUGAAUUACGGUAAUUUUAUGCAUGGAUUGAUGAAGGAGAACAUCCAGCUGAACAGAAAAGUGCUAUCAGAGCUGUCAAUGCACGAGCCAUAUAGCUUUAAAGCACUGGUUGACAUUUCUCGCAACUCAUUUCCAGGAAACAAGGUCCCAAAGAAGGAAGGUCUAUCGACUAUUUUGUGAGAGUCUCUGUUUUUAUAUGUUCUGCCGAAACUGUGUUUCUUCUUUCAUCUUUGUCCAUACCAGAACCAAGCAUUAUCUAAACUUGGUGAACGUUACAGAUCUUCUUGUCUGCUACUCUAGUUGAUGGAGGAAGCCAGAGCCAUAUUUGUUUAUCAAGCGAAACUAGAAAUCAGAGUAGGAUCUAAUUUUUCAGGCUUAAGUUUAAGCUCCAAUUUUUUCCAUUAUGAACUGGUUCAGUUUGCAGGCACCAGAGAUAUACUAUCAUACUUUUUGAGGAAAACUGUCGAAAAUGAUUUUCAUUGUUUAAUA